AUGGGUGCCUCAGGCAAGAACGGUGACAAUAAACACGUCCACUACCAGGCCACCCGGUCUUCCUCCCACACCCGCACCUCAAACUCCAACCCCAAUCGCAAUCGCCGUUGUUCACCCAUUCCUACCAGCCCUGAAAUUCGUCGUCACAAUCGCAACAUUCGUGUCGAAUCUGGUUUGAACACCGUCCUCAAUACACCCGAGGGUCUCAUCAUCAACGGCCAGCUGCAGUCUGACAACGCGUCUGCGCCUGCACUCGGUGUCAUUCCCGGCCUCUACCCUACCAACAAGGCUCCCGUCCCCGGCUUCAAUCACGUCGGUCCUUCCCCGACCAACUUUCCCUUCGCACCUCAAGGUCCCGGCGGAAACAUGUCCUACAUCCAGGGAAAUCUCAGCAGCGUCGCUGCGGGUGCCUGGCCGAACCCUAACCAGCAACACUUCCAGCCGCAGGUGCCCGACACCACCAACGGACCCCAGGUGCACACUUACAUCCCCCGCUUCGAUCCCCCGGGCACUCCCCAUUACUCGAUGGGCCCCUACGGUCCUCAGUUUGUUCAGCCCGACGGCACUCAAUUCAUGCAACCCAUGCAACCCAUGCAUCCCGGAUUUGCCCCCUUUCAGCAGGUAGGGAACUUUGCCGGUCCUCAGCAGCCAAUGUUUCCCCAGCAGGGUAUUCCUGAGCAAGCCUUUCUUCCUCAGCAGGCGCCUGCUUUUCAAGCGAUGCCCGGACCCCAGGUCUACAUGCCGAAUGCACAGUCCGGAAUGCCGACCGCACCUAUUGGCAUGAUGCCGCAGGGUCAGCCCCCGAUGAUGAUGCCUCAGAUGCCUCAGAUGCCUCAGAUGGGCUUGCCGCAGCAGGCCAUGGGUCCUCCCCCUCCGGCCUUCAUGGCAGGCGGUCAAGGAGUUCCUGGAAUGGUCCCCGCUGGAUACGGCGUCGCAGGUGUAGGAGGUAAUCCCGCCCCGUUCCCCGGUGCGCCGGCCCCGUUCCCUGGCAGCGCGCCUGACAUCAUGGGUAUCGGAAAGACCGGUACCGAAGCUGCGGCCGAGCAGGCUGCAAGCGCCGUCAACAGCCAGGCCAUGGAGCCUCAAGACAUGAAGCCAGGAGACGAUGAUCCGUCGCGAAUGUACUGGUGCCGAGAGCUCGACGGUGCCUGGCUCCUUCGCAGCCGGUUCUCCAUCGACCGACUGGAGGACUGUCGAUGGUACGUCUGGGAGACUGGUGUCUUUUACGCCGUCCGUAUUGCCGACUAG